UUUUUUGAACGAUCAUGGCUGAAUCACCAACGCCGGAUGGAUUUGAGAGUGUUUUACAAGCAUCAGAGAUUGGGAAACAGGAUGAUGAGACGGUAGAUCCAUUCUAUUCUCAAAGGGAUCAUAAGAUAUUGAAUGAAGCAGAUGGGAAGUUCUUCGCUCACCAUCACGCUGAAUUCAAACAAGGUGAUUCAUUCAUUGAAGAAGACGACGUCGAGUUAGACGAUCAUGCAUUUGAUAACGAAUCUAACUCUGCUGGUAAAGCACCGCCACCACCACCAUUAGCUGAAGAGAUUAGCGCUGAAUUAAGAGCACUCUAUCAAUCAUUUCAAACAUGUCUCAACUUACGUGACAAGUAUAUAGCAAUUUCACAUCAAAGGAUGGAAGACAACCCAUCAAAUUAUGAUGGUAGAUUCUUCCCCGCGGGUGACGAGAAUGAUAAUAAAGCUGAUAAAUUCAAAUCAUGGAGAAUCUAUCCACCACCACCAAAGCCUUUCUGGUAUAGAACCAACUCUCAAGGUAUGGAACUUCCACAAGAGCCAGCUAGGGAGAAGAAGACUGAAUUCGAAUGGAAUGAUGCAGGUGAAAUACCUUCUGAAGACUCGAACCUCAAAUGGGACUUCGCAAUGGAUGAAAGAGGUGUUUAUCAAGUCUAUGAGAAGAAUGAUGACACUCAAAAGCCUAUAUUCAAUAUACCAACAAUAAGAGAAUACUUUAUUGACUUAGAUUACAUCCUUGGUGUUAUUAGUGAUGGUCCAGCUAAAUCAUUCGCAUUUAGAAGACUGAAAUAUUUGCAAUCUAAGUGGAAAAUGUAUUCCCUUAUGAAUGAGUACCAAGAAUUAGCAGAGAUGAAACGCGUACCACAUCGUGAUUUCUAUAAUGUUAGAAAAGUAGAUACUCACAUUCAUCAUUCUGCUUGCUUCAAUCAAAAGCAUUUAUUACGCUUCAUCAAAUACAAGCUUCGUAAGACUCCAGACGAUAUCGUUAUUCAUAGAGAUGGUAAAGAUUUAACAUUAAAAGAAGUUUUCGAAUCUUUAAAACUUACUGCAUACGAUUUAUCAAUUGAUACACUUGACAUGCACGCGCAUCAAGACUCAUUUCACAGAUUUGAUAAAUUCAAUUUAAAGUACAACCCAAUCGGAGAAUCACGUCUUCGUGAAGUUUUCUUAAAGACUGAUAAUUUUAUUGAAGGAAGGUAUUUAGCUGAAAUAACUAAGGAAGUUAUGAGUGAUCUUGACGAUAGUAAAUAUCAAGCGGCAGAAUGGCGUAUCUCAAUUUAUGGCAGAUCAUUGGAUGAAUGGGAUAAAGUUGCAAAAUGGGCAAUAAAUAAUAAACUCUUCUGUGAUAAUGUUAGAUGGUUAAUUCAAGUACCACGUCUUUAUCAUAUUUAUAAGAAUGCAGGUAUAGCAGACAAUUUUGAAGAAAUUGUUAAAAAUAUAUUUAAACCAUUAUUUGAGGUUACUAAAGAUCCAAAAUCGCAUCCAGAAUUACACAUCUUCUUACAAAGAGUUAUUGGAUUUGAUAGUGUAGAUGAUGAAUCGAAAACAGAAAGGAGGAUUUAUAAGAAGUUCCCUUACCCACGUUUAUGGGAUACAAAGCAGAAUCCACCAUAUGCUUACUGGCUUUAUUAUAUGUAUGCUAAUUUAGCGACACUUAAUAAUUGGAGAUCAAGGAGAGGGUUUAAUACUUUUGUUUUACGUCCUCAUGCAGGUGAAGCGGGUGAUACGGAUCAUUUAACUUCAGCUUUCCUUACCUCACAUUCAAUUUCACAUGGAAUUUUACUCAGAAAAGUACCUGCACUUCAAUAUCUUUAUUAUUUACGUCAAAUUGGUAUUGCAAUGUCACCUUUAUCAAAUAAUGCUUUAUUCUUAACAUAUGAAAGAAAUCCAUUCCCAGAUUUCUUUAGAACAGGGUUAAAUGUUAGUUUAAGCACUGAUGAUCCUUUGAUGUUGGCCUUUACAAAGGAACCAUUGCUCGAAGAAUAUAGUGUAGCUGCACAAAUUUACAAGCUUAGUCCAGCAGAUAUGUGUGAAUUAGCUCGUAAUUCAGUUAUGCAAUCUGGUUUUGAGAUGGAAGUUAAAAGACACUGGCUUGGUGAUAAGUUUUACUCCCCAGGUGUAUCCGGUAAUGAUAUUAGAAAGACUAAUGUUCCAUAUUCACGUGUUGCAUUUAGAUUUGAAACAUUACGCGAAGAGAUACAACUAAUUGGAGCUGGUUAUUUACCACCAGUUGUAACUAAUACACCAUCAAGUAAAAAACAAAGUUCAUUAGCACCACCACCACAACAAUCACCAUCAUCUAAACAUAAAUUAAGUCCAGGUUUUAGUAUUAGUCCAUUAAACAUUAAAGAUGAAGAUGAAACAAAAGGAGCACCAUAUGCAAGUGGUAUUAAUGCUAAUCAAGAAUUAGCUGCUGCUGCUGCAUCAGCAGGACCACAAGGUGGAUUGUUUAGCGUUCCAACAGUUUCUGAUAUGCCACCUGGUAUAAUUUCAAAGAAUAGACGUAAAUCUAGUUCCUCUAUUAGUGCAAAAUAGAAUGUUCUGUAUGUUUCUAUGAAUUUAUUUAUU